AAUAAUCCUGAAUCCAGACUCUCUCUAUUUCCAUCCCUCUCUAUCUGUCAAUCAGCGCCGCCUUUGAACUGGAAACCACUCCGACCAACUUCAACUCACUCAAUCCGAGCGGCUCGCCUCCUUCUCCGGCUUCCUUUUCCCUGCCAACAUCCCCCCUUUUUUUCCUUUUUUGACUUUUUAUACAACAACGACAAACCCCGCCAGAGCUUUUUUGGAAAACGCCAGUUGCAGACCCCCCCUCUCUUUAAAGAAAAACAAGAAAGAGACAAGAAAAACAGCAACUUAAAAACUCGGACUUUUCUCGAUCCACCAAGAGGGGGUUCUCUCUCUCCCCUCUCUCCCUUCUUCUUCUUUUUCUUCUUUUUUUUUUUGUUAGAAACUUUGUGUCCCUUUUUGUGUCCGUUUUGAAGCUGCUCGCGUUUUUUGCUACAAAAAAAAAGAAACAAAUAACCAACCGACCCGGGGGCUGAAGGAGAGACGGGAGACAGAGAGUGUCUCGCCCGGGGAAACAUGCCGCAGCUGAACGGCGGUGGGGGGGACGACCUCGGCGCUAACGAUGAGAUGAUCGCGUUCAAAGACGAAGGCGAGCAGGAGGACAAGAUCCUGGACAACGCGUCGGCAGAAAGGGAUUUAGCAGAUGUCAAGUCGUCGCUGGUGAACGAGUCGGAGACGAACCAGAACAGCUCGUCGGACUCGGAGGCGGAACGACGGCCUCCGCCUCGCUCCGAAACUUUCAGGGACAAAACGAGAGAAAGUUUAGAGGAGGCUGCGAAAAGGCAAGAUGGAGGGCUGUUCAAGAGCCCACCGUACCCGGGCUACCCGUUUAUAAUGAUCCCAGACCUCUCCAGCCCAUACCUCCCCAAUGGAUCACUUUCUCCAACAGCACGCACAUACCUACAGAUGAAAUGGCCCCUGCUAGAUGUUCAACAAGGAGGUCUUCAAAGUAGACAAGCACUUAAAGAUGCCAGGUCCCCGUCACCGGCACACAUCGUUGGGCCCUUCUGCUGGGAAUUCCCCGGACAGUCAGAUCUGAGCCUUCACCAAUUUCAUUUGUCUAAUAAGGUUCCAGUGGUACAGCACCCUCAUCAUGUGCACCCUCUCACACCUCUGAUCACCUACAGCAAUGAGCACUUCACACCGGGGAACCCCCCACCUCACCUACAGACAGACGUGGAUCCCAAAACAGGAAUCCCACGGCCUCCACAUCCUCCAGAUAUAUCUCCUUAUUACCCACUGUCACCCGGCGCUGUCGGCCAGAUCCCCCAUCCGCUAGGAUGGUUAGUACCACAGCAAGGUCAACCUGUUUACCAGGGUUUCAGACACCCCUACCCCACUGCGCUCACUGUCAACGCAUCCAUGUCAAGGUUCCCCCCACACAUGGUGCCCCCCCACCACAGUUUGCACGCGACGGGCAUCCCACACCCGGCCAUCGUCACAACCAACGUCAAGCAGGAAUCCUCCCACAGCGACAUCAGCUCCCUCAACUCGAAACAGUCAGAUGCUAAAAAGGAAGAGGAGAAGAAGAAGCAGGUCCACAUAAAGAAGCCUCUGAAUGCCUUCAUGCUCUACAUGAAGGAGAUGCGGGCCAAGGUGGUGGCGGAGUGCACACUGAAGGAAAGUGCCGCCAUAAACCAGAUCCUGGGCCGGAGGUGGCACGCCCUCACGCGAGAGCAGGCCAAGUACUACGAGCUGGCCAGGAAAGAACGACAGCUCCACAUGCAGCUGUACCCCGGCUGGUCAGCACGCGACAACUAUGGGAAAAGGAAGAAGAGAAAAAGGGAAAAGCAGCAAGCAGAGAGCAAUGAACACAGAGAAUAUUUUCCAAACCCUUGCCUUUCACUCCCUCCGAUUACAGACCUGAGCGCUCCUAAGAAGUGUCGAGCGCGCUUUGGGCUUGAUCAACAGAAUAACUGGUGUGGCCCGUGCAGGAGAAAAAAAAAGUGCAUUCGCUACAUCCAAGGUGAAGGCAGCUGUGCCAGUCCUCCCUCUACGGACGGAAGCUUACUAGACUCCCCCCCAUCCUCCCCCUCCUCGGUGGCCCCCUCCCCCUCCUCAAAAGAGUCCAAACCUCAGACUGAACAAAUGCAACCUCUCUCACUGACUAUGAAACCGGCCCACCAGCCACUCCACCACCCGCACCCGCACCUCCUGGCUGGGCCUCCACCGCCAUCUUUGGUUCCGCUGGAAAACUCUGCUGCAUCUCGCAAAACGCCCGGCGCCUCCUCCCACAACGGAGCCCUGGGGCGCGGCGACGUCUCGUCCUCGCGGCAGCCGGGCUCCUCCGUGGCGUCCUCACUGGCCCGGUCCUCGGCAUCGCUGUGUCAUUCCCACUCGCUCCUCUCCUCCUCGAACCCCCAGCCGCUGUCGCUAGUGACCAAGUCUAUAGAAUAGUCUAUCCUAUUCUCCUUCUCCUCUUUUCUAGCUCCGCACACACACACACUCACACAAACAGACAAACCCUUUCGAGGCCCUCUCUCUGCUAUAUCUCACUUUGCCGUCGGUUCUUUUAUUUUUUUUCUGUUCCUGUGCCAUAAGGCGUUGAAAUUAUUUGUUUUGGUUUUAUCGAGGUUCAUUGGUCAAUAUUUGACCCGUCAUUCUCACAAAAAAAAAAAAUCUAAUUAUUAUAAAGAAAUGAUACAAUGAGCUGUAGUAUGGCUUUGUGAAUCUGCCAAAAUUUCUAUGGAUUUUUCGUUUUGUCUUUUUUGUAACGUUAAAACAGUGCAAACAGAAAAAAUUAUCUAGUUCCACUUCGAUAUGUUUAAAAGACGGAUAUAAAAAGGUAGGUAGAUUGUUCAAUGAGCCCUUUUCUUGAAAGAGUUGGUUCUACUUCUUUAUUUGUAUUAAAUACGAGCUUGCGAACCAAUCAUUUGACAUCUGUUCAAAGUCUAGGAGGGCAUGAGGCUAGCGGCGACACCUCUCUGAGGAACAACUUUAAUUGUGAUGUUACUUGUUCUUGUUUAAAUGUACAGAAUAAUGGGGGGGGACGGGAUUACUGUGUUAAAUAUGCAUUCUUCCACUGCGUUGUCUUUUAUUUUGUUUUUGUUGUUGUUUACCUUUGGGGCGGAGUCAGGCAA